AUGGAGAACCCAGUUACAGAUGUCGAAAAUGUCAUCAGAUCCUUGACUGAGCCUAACAAAGCUUCUACCAUGGGUAUGAAUGUCGAGAAAUACUUUACCGAGGAUGCGGUGUUAUAUCACCCUUUUUUCAGGGUCACGGGCCGAGGGGGCAUCAAGGGAAUCUACAAGGCACUUCGAAUGACAUCAACGGGCCAGAAAAUCGAGUUUCACGCCGUCAUGUUCAACGAAGAUAAAACUCAAGUUACCAUCGAUUUGACUGAACACAUGAGUGCUCGAGGUGUUCCACAACAAGUAGGACGUGUAGGACUUCGCUUGAUCGUCCGUUUACAUCUUAUCCAUGACACUGAUGGCAAAUAUAGAAUUAUCAAACAAGAGGACAACUUCUCAUCCGAAGCAGACUUGAUUGGUCUACCUCUUAUGUCAGGGUUUGGUUUCAUAGCAAGCUUCUUGAGAAUGCUCUCCGGGUUGUAUAUUGGUGGUGGUGGAAACUUUUUACUUUCUAGAGGAUGGUUCGGUCAAUGA